AUGAGUUCCAGGCCUCCAAACACCCAGGACUCGGGGGCCAACCCAUCCGGUCCCCAGCCCAGCAGAAAAGGGUCCGUUAAAAGAGCAAGAGAGCUGCUGGAGGCGGGUGUACGCCCAAAUCGAGCAUCGCCGUCGCCGUCGUCUGUCCCCGGACCUCCGCCGCUCAAGACCGUCCCUCCUCAGACUCAAUGGCCUCUUCCAGCUUCUGGCCUUCAGCCACGCCCACUCAACCCUCAAGCGCACCCCCAGCAAGACCCUAGGUUCUGGCACCCGCGCGGUCCCCCACCGGCCAGGCCUCCACGCCCAAGCGAGGCCCCUUCCCAAUUGCCUUCCCCGUCUAUCUACUCUGAGAGAAGUGGACAGAGCUCCGAGACUAACGUGAACUAUCGAUCUCGACCAGCUCGCUCUUUUUCGCAUCCUAAACCACCGCAGGCGCUAGCAAUUCCUUGGCCUCGCCCCGGAGCAAAGGAUGACUCCUGUGUGAGCCCUACCAGCACUUUUGAUCUGACUCCCCGGAUAUCAAUCGCCACAGACGAUCUGUUCAGACAUUCGACCGCUUCAUCCACAAGCUCUAUCCCCAUUAUGCCCCCGGUGCCCUGGCCAGAGCCUCAUGUACCCCCCGCGAAUCCCCGGACCAAAACUGCAGGACUUGCAGCGCCUAAUUCUCGUUGCUCACGAGCCCGCGCAUCAUCUGUCUCUCCCAUCCCAGAGUCCGAGGGGGAGUUCUCUGAUCCUCGCCAGACAUUGGGAUCUCUCGCUUCAAGCCGUGCCAUUCCCUCCAGCUGGGGCUCUAGUCCAGCAGAGUCUGAGAUUCUAGGCGCUUAUCUAGAUUACGAGUCGGACGAGGAUGAAGAAAAAGUGGAAAUCGGCGAGGGCCAAAACGAAACACUAGUGAGAAACGCCAGUCUGGGCAAGAGGCAGAAGCCUACCAUGCGCACGAUCAUGAAGUCCAACCCGAGCUCCGAAGUCUCAAUCCCAGAUUUGCCAUCGUCCAAUCCCCAGGAGGAGUGGAAGAAGAAUGCAGCUGCUGGUCUGACUAUUGGAGCUGCUGUCGGUCAAGCACUUCACCAACCUAGUCCUCUGGGGCGGCACUCUACUUCUACGACUUCGGCGGAAUCUUGCGUGGACCCAGAGAAGCCUCGUUUUGCCAACGUCAUGUAUAAUUCGGCUUCGGAGAGAGAAGUCGAGGCUUUGCCUAGCUUGCCCAAGGCUGCUCCCACCAUGAGCGAUAAGCGACCUGAUGGACGCAAACCUCCGCGUCUUGAUAUGGGCGCUGUGCGAGACGCAGAGGCCCGCGGUAGUCUUUCAAGCUUGAGUGAUCUGAUUCGGCGUGCUACCAGACUCGCGUCGAACCUCGACCGUGGAAGAACUGCCAGCCGCGCCGACCUGGCGGCGGAUCCAGAGUAUAAGGGGUUCAUGGGUGGACAACGCCGUCGCGGCUCAGGUUCUCUUUCCGAUAUCCUGACUUCAUUCCCCAAGCCUGGAUUGGCUACUCCAGACAAUCGUGGCUCGUGGCCUAUUUUCUUCGGACGGUCGAACCUUCGCAACGUUGAGCCUCUUAAUUCCAACGACGAAUUCACCAAUGAGAAGCAGCCUGUCAAGCGCAAAUGCUGUGGAAUGCCGCGAAAAUGGUUUAUCGUCCUCUGCAUCAUUCUUUUCAUCGUCCUGGUGCUCGCGAUUCUCCUGCCCGUUUUCCUCAUCGCCGUUCCCAAGCAAAACGCCGGCAAUAACAACUCAUGCGCCACCACCAACGCCUGCCAGAAUGGCGGAGUAUCCGUAUCAAGCGGCUCCGAAUGCUCCUGUGUGUGCGUGAAUGGAUACACUGGUUCACGGUGUACCACUGCAGGCGAUUCCAGCUGUAUCACAUCCGAGGUUGACAACGGCUCAAUCUCCACGAACGCGACCAUGGGUGAUUCUCUUCCGACCUUGUUCAGCGCUGCCUCGAGUAUAUUUGAUCUCAGCCUGGACCCAGUCACCCUUAUGGCCCUCUUUAGCUUGAGCAACGUCACCUGCAAGACCGAGAACGCCCUCGUCUCCUUCAGCGACGUCAAUAGCAGCAGCAACACGCGCCGCUCCGUCCUCCUCCCUCUCGAUCUCCCCGUGGCCGAAGAAAUCCCCUCUCUCACGGUCGUACCUACCGGCACCGCACCCGCACUCGCCGCCCGCGCCGAGGCCACCAAGGACGGUAUUCUCUACGAGAACUCCGGAGACAAAAGCACGACGACCCAAACGAAUAGCCCAGCAACAGUCACCCAUAUCAGCGCAACCACUUCCACGACCACAGCGGCCGCGACGACAUCCACCGCAAGCAUACCGGACAAGGUGAUUGAGUUCUCGCAGGUCGCGGUCCUGUACAUCCUCCAGAAAACGGGCUCUAUCGACUCUGCAUUAUUCUCCGAGUCGGAGAUCAGCUCGUAUCUCACGAGUGCAGAUGGGUAUAGUAACACGACGCAACCCGAGAUCCACUUGCUAGGAGAGUUCGGACUGAACUUCAAGACGAUGAAGAUCAGCGUGGAGAACGGGACUUCGACCUGA